AUGGAGUCAAUACGGGUAGUUUUAGUGUUCUGUGUACUGGCCAUCACUGCUUCCUGUGCCAGUGUUUAUGGUGAUUUUCCAUUAAAACCAUGUAAAGCUAACAGUACGUGUUCUUGUACGAACGUAGACGGGUAUUACGAUCUGCACCCUUUAGCUAACAACAACAAUACACCACAUUUCACCAACGUACAAGAUACCCGAGGUACUUUUAGCUAUUCCUAUAAUCCUUGCUAUGGUUUUGAUGAAGGUGGAUCAGGCUGCACCGACGCUGCGAUUUGUCAGAAAGAUUUGCAAACUGGUCAGUAUUUUGCUCUAGGCUAUGCUAAUUCCAUGGUGUCUAUUUCCGAUUCAGAAUACGGCCUUAUAUUCCAAUACACUGCACAGACAGACAAAAAUAGGACAGCUGAAAUCAUUCUGCAAUGCGAUCCGAGUAAGGAAGGUGAGCUGAAAUUCCAAAAUGAAGGUCCACCGUUAUAUUACUAUUUCAAUUUAUACUCCAAAUACGCAUGUGCAGAAAAGCCUUCGACUUCCGGUUCAACACGACCACCAACCCCAGCCCACCAUAUACAUUCAGAUCCCAAGCCUGGUCAUCAUUCCCGACCUCCUUUUAGACCAACUCCAACCAAGCCUGGUCGACACUCCAGACAUCCAAGACCAACCAAACAUCAUGGACAUCACACAAACCCGACCCAAGACCCGACCACAUCAGUUCCAUUGAAGAUAUUUGGUUGGCCAGCUGUAACCAUCCUGUUAUUGGGUAUUCUAAUGGUGCUUCCCCAGCAAGAUCUGUUAUCAAAUCUGAGAGUGGUGGAUCUCGAAGAUCUAAGUCAGCCAGUAGAUCCAGGUCACGAUCUAGGUCACCAAGGAGAAGUAACAGAAGAAAAUAUUCUAGAUCAAGGUCAAGGAGCAGAAGUCGAAGGUAUUCCCGCUCUCGUUCCCGAUCACCACCACCAAAAUACAGGAGACGUAGAUA